CGCGGGGUAGGCGGCCGGUGUCCCGGCGCAGGCGCGCUGGUGUCGCCGUCGCUCCCGCCGGCCGCCCCGCACGCGCCCCCGCCCCGCCUCCGCACGCGCCGCCGCCCCGGGCGCCUGUGAUUGGCGGUCAGAGGGGCCCGCAGGUGGCGGCGGCCGCAGAGGCUUAGGCUGGCGCUGGCUGGCUGCCUGGAGCGGGCGACUCCCUCUCCGCCGCGCGCCCUCGUCCUGUCCGCGCUGCCCGGCUCCCACUGUGGCUGCGGCCCCAGCUCGGGAGCACCAGGGCUCUGCAGCUUCGCGGUCGCGCCUUAGGGGCUGCGGCAGGUGACCCGGGGCCACCCGAGGCGCGGUGGCCCUGAGCCUGGCCGCCAUCCAUGAGCCUCGCCGCGGACCUGAUUCAGGCCGGCCACCCCGGAUCUAUUUCCGUCACCCGUGUUUAACUCUGACCAUGGGGAGGAAGCUGGACCUGUCGGGUCUGACAGAUGAUGAGACGGAACACGUUCUCCAAGUGGUACAGAGGGACUUCAAUCUUCGCAAAAAGGAGGAGGAACGGCUAAGUGAGAUGAAGCAGAGGCUGGCCGAGGAGAACAGCAAGUGCAGCAUCCUCUCGAAACACCAGAAGUUUGUGGAGCGUUGCUGUAUGCGGUGCUGCUCGCCCUUCACCUUCCUGGUCAACGCCAGGCGCCGCUGUGGGGAAUGCAAGUUCAGCGUCUGCAAGAGCUGUUGCUCCUACCAGAAGCAUGAGAAGCUGUGGGUUUGCUGUGUCUGCCAGCAAGCCAGGCUUCUGAGGACGCAGUCUCUGGAAUGGUUCUACAGCAACGUGAAGAGCCGCUUCAAGCGUUUUGGCAGCGCCAAGGUCCUGAAGAACCUGUACCGGAAACACCGUCUAGAGAGCGGUGCCUGCUUUGACAUCCUAGGAGCAGGAUUGUUUGAACCGACCCUGGAGAAUGAAGGGAGCAUUUCAGGAAGUGAUUCGACUUUCUACAGGCAGUCGGAAGGACACAGCAUGAUGGACACUUUGGCUGUCGCCCUACGAGUGGCAGAAGAAGCCAUUGAGGAAGCUAUUUACAAAGCAGAAUCCCACGGGGACAGCCUGGACAAGCAGAACGAGGCCAGCUACCUGCGGGACCACAAAGAAGAGCUGACUGAGGAACUAGCUACCACCAUCCUGCAGAGGAUUAUAAGAAAGCAGAAGAGCAAAGCAGAGCCACAGGCAGAGGAAGAGGGGCCGGAGUGGCCACAGCCCCAGAGUGAUGGUGUGAAGGCCGAGGAUGAGGAGACCACAGCCCCUCCAGGACAACAGCGAGCACGUGCCACCCUCUGGCGGUCUCAGUCUGCAUACUCCUUCACUACAGACGACGCCCUGAAGACCUGUUCAGCGGAGGCUGCACCAAGGCAGGCCAGGGACCGUGGCCAGCGUCUCCUGGAGGAGUCAGCUUUGCCCAGCUGGAAGAGCAUGGACGGGCUGGAUGGAGCAAAUCUGGCCCCAGUUUUGCAGAGCCCUGAUGGAAACUGGAUGGCCUUGAAGGACGAUGGUACACGGCCUCCAAACCGCCUGCUGGCCAAACCCAAGAGUGGUACCUUUCAGGCCCUGGAGGUGGCGUCCAGUGUGACGUCGGCCUAUGAUGAAUUAGGUUCCGACAGUGAGGAAGACUUUGACUACAGUGAGGCCUUGAGUAAGCUGUGCCCGCUGUCCCAGGGCAGAGCCAAGCAAUCCCAGCCUCCACCUACACAGUGUUCUGGCCAAGGUCCCUCAGCCACCUCUCCCUCAAACCCUGAGGCCAUGGGCUCCGAUUCAGAGACUUCUUCCACCAGCUCGUCUCGGGAAGCUGGACGCCGGGCCAGGCUGACUUGGCUGCAGAGGAAGGCCCCCAAGAACCCCGCAGCAGAGAAGAUGCGCCUCCAGGGAGAGCUGGAUGUGAAUUUCAACCCCCAGGCAGUCUGCAGAGAGACUUCUGACAGUAGCGAUUCAGAAGAGACCCUCCACACUGCAGACCGCAGGGCCAGGAGGUGGAGAAGGGCCCGAGUGGGCCCAGAGGAGCCGAACAGGGGGCUGUCUUUGCCUGGUUCCCAUCCACAGGGUCUGCACACACAUCAGGUGUCAGACAAUGUGUCAGAGACUGACAUCAGCAACGAGGCUCAGAAUUCCCGGACCAGCACAGACUCUGCAGAGGAGAAGCUGAGAAACAAGCUGUACAAAUUAGCCAUGAAAAUGAGCGAAAAGGAGACUUCUUCUGGGGAGGACCAGGAGUCUGAGCCCAAGACUGAACCUGAGAACCAGAAGGAAAGUUGCUCUGCUGAGGGGAACAGCCAGGACGUCCAGGAGGAGCUGAAGAAGAAGUGUUCUGCUGUUUCUCUCUGCAACAUCUCCACAGAAGUCCUGAAGGUCAUCAACGCUACUGAGGAGCUGAUCGCAGAGUCUGCAGGGCCCUUUGAGAUCCCCCCAGUCCCAACUGACAGAGACAUGGGGAUGUUUCCUCUUGGGACAGACCAAGUGAGACUGGACAAGCAGCUGACUUCCUUGGAAGAAAACGUGUACCUGGCAGCGGGCACCGUGUAUGGGCUGGAGGGACAGCUGAGCGAGCUGGAGGAUGCUGCCCGCUGCAUCCACAGCAGCACGGGUGAGAUGGAGCUAGCGGAUCUGGAGGACCAGGUGGCUGCAGCUGCUGCACAGGUACACCAUGCUGAGCUCCAGAUUUCUGACAUCGAGAGCCGGAUUUCAGCCCUGACCAUCGCUGGCUUGAACAUAGCACCCUGCGUGCGUCUCACUAGACGCCGGGAUCAGAAGCAAAGGAGCCAGGUACAAACUAUAGACACAUCGAGGCAGCAGAGGAGGAAACUGCCCGCUCCGCCUGUGAAACCUGAAAAAAUUGAAGCAUCUUCUGUGACCCCCAUUAAAACAUUUAACCGCAACUUCCUUCUACAAGGCUCCUCCACAAGCAGGCCCUCGGAAAGGGAAGGCGACCCCAAGGACUUGGUGGAGCCUGUUCUGGAGUCGGCUGUGAUGAACUAACCACGGAACUCCACAGCCAGUGACCCACUGCCUCCGGCCGUACACGACAGUGCCUUGACCCAACAGCCAUCGAGUACUGUGUAGAUUUCCACUGAGGCGAGGGCCCGGGGGGGCCGCAGUGCGCUACUGCACAGGGUGCACAGGGUGCACAGUGCGCUACUGCACAGGGCUGUCUUGAUACCUCACCCAGAAGGCUGUCUCAGUCUGCAACACUGAGGUCUCGCCCGCUCUCUGCCUUAGGCUCCCAGGGGAAUCUGAGACCCGAAUGUCCAGACGCUGGCUUCCAAUAGCAGAGCUCUGUGUUCAAGAGAUGCAUUGUGUCUGCCUACUUUGCCUCCUGUGUGUUGUCUUCACCAUCCCUGUGUGUGUUUUAAUCUCUUCAUCCCCAUCAACAGUUCAUCCAGUGGAAAACUUUUGGAGAGGAGGAGAUUCGGGGAAGGAAGGGAGGAAGGGGCUAUUACCCAUGAUUACUCUUGCUUAUCAUCCCCUAACAGAUGCUAAGAGCAGGGGACACUAGAAACAAUCUCAUUGGGGAAUGCUCAGCCACCUCCAGCUAAGCUCCCAGCCCCCACCCCCACCUCCAUCCCUGUUCUUCCCAUUGCUUGGUAACCAGCAUCCACAAAAUGAAAAGCUCAGAUCCACCCAGGCCAUACCUUUGUGUCUUUGAAACCAUGUCUCCUUUUGAAUUUGGGGUUCUUGCAUGGAUUUACUCAGGGGGAGGGGCCUAAGGAAUAUCAUUAUUAGUCUAACUUUCAGGACACCGUUCGGAGUCAGUGCGGUACGGCUUGGUCACGGCUGACAUGGAAAUGAGAUUUGGGUAAAUGAACGAUUGCAAAAUAGAACCACAUAAGAAAAGUGUUCCAUUCUCCAAUGUACAUCACUGAAUUCAGCGAGAUUCAGAUUCAGCAGCAACGAGGAAGGUGGUUAGGAAAUUGCCUUAGAGAAAGGUUAGUGCCAACUGCGAGGGUUGCAAGAGGUGAUGCAGGCUGCGCGUUCACAGCCUGUUUCAGGGGCGAGGCUGGCCUAUAUGCACGGGUACCUAACAUGUAUUUGUGCACACAGACGGAACUUACACUCCGCUGGGCUCACUCGCUGCUUGCACCCUGUUUUUAAUGUUGGCUUCCGGGAUAUUCUGAAUCAUGGAGUAGGGGGAGGGGCAAAGGAGGGAUGCUAAGCAGUGAGCAAGGCGAUGGGUGACCAUUAGGUACUGGCUCUGGAGGACACAAUGUUCUCACUUUAGUCUAAUGUCCCUUUCUGGUAGGCAUAUGGGUUUUCCAGAAUCCACAACCAAAGGUCAGACCAUUGAACUUGCUGAAGCUAUGUAUGUGAGCUGGUUCUAACUGGAAUGCCCCCGCCCCCAAAAGCCCAGCUCUGUUUUCACCUCCGUGUUGUCCUGUGCAUCCCCAGGCUUGACUUAAGUGCCCUUGCACUGUGUGUGCCAUUGCUGCUGGGGGGUCUCACGUUUCCAGAAUGUUCCUGGGGCUGUGUGUGUCACGCCAGAGAAAGGUCUCCAUGGACAUGGUAACCUGUGGCAUUCUAUCCUGUGGGUGUGGUUCACACUGAAACAAAAUUGAGAAACACAACAGAAAGAUCUGAUUUCCAAACAGGACGUUUCCUUAGGAGGCACAAGGCUGCCUUUGUGCUAACAGUGUUAAGAUACUCAGUUUUCUUUUGGGAAAAAAAAAAAAGUGUGUACUCUGUAAGCCUUGCAAAAAAAAAAAUAAUAAUAAUGAAGAAAAAGCCUGUUCUAUGGCAUCUGUACUUUUAUAAAGGUUUCCUUGUGCCAAAUAAGUACAAAGAUUUAUUUAAUUUACUAUUUAAACCAUAAACAUGCUAUAGUUCCAGAAAAUUAUUUUGUCAUCCAGUGAUUUUGAUCUUUAGUGUCAAUAUUUAUAUUUAGAUUAAUUUUUAUAAAUGAAAUAUUUUGAUGGUUUAAGAAAAUGAGGACAGAAAGGAUACUAUCUCUGACGGCUUCUCGGGGUUAUGCCUUCGUGUCUCACACACUCGGCCAAGAAUCACUGUCAAAAGAAACGACCACGACCGAGCAGUAAAAGUCACCUAAUGAAA